UGGCUCUCAACAUAACUGUACCCCGCUAUGUUGAUCCCACCGCGUCUGUCCCACAGGGAACUAACUUUAGCCCGGCAUUGAUCCGGACACUUUGAGGAGGUGGGACUGCUACAUGACCUGGGACUGGAGGCUGACAUGAGUCGAAGGAGCUGACGAUGGACGUGGUGUGGCUGAUUUGAGGACUACUGCCCGGGACAGGACGUUUUCACCAUGGGGACUCAGAGAAACGGUUUCAAGAAGGAGCACUUUAUUUUGUCAGUGGACGUCGGUACAACAUCCAUCAGGGGUCACGUCUAUGACAAGGAGGCAAAGAUCCGAGGAUCAUACAUCACCCAGGUUGUUCCCUUGUUCCCAGAGGUUGGCCAUGUGGAGAUGGACCCAGAUGCUUUAUGGAAAGGGUUCAUCACUGUGGUCAAGGGAGCUGUGCAAGAUGCAGGAGUGCAAAUGCGCCAGAUAGAAGCCCUUGGCAUUUCAUCUCAACGCAGCACCUUCACAACAUGGGACAGAAAAACUGGAGUUCCCUAUCAUAACUUCAUCAGCUGGCAGGACCAGAGGGCAGCGGACCUGGUGAAAUCCUGGAAUAGAUCCUGCACCAUGAGCGCAAUCCAUGGUGUGAUGAAGGUGCUGUAUUUCCUGAGCAGGCAGAAGCGGUUGCUUGCAGCAAGUCUUAUUGUCUUCUCCCCUCAACAUGUGACCUUUCGCCUCGUCUGGGUCCUGACGCAUUACAAGCAGGUUCGUCAAGCGGUAGCUGAAGGAAACUGCUGCUUUGGAACAAUAGACACUUGGCUGCUAUUCAAACUCACUAAAGGACAAGUUCAUGCCACAGAUUAUUCUAACGCCAGUUCAACAGGCAUUUUCGACUCCUACCAGAUGUGUUGGAGUGGUUUACUCUGCUCUCUUUUAUCUCUGCCUCUCUCUAUUUUCCCCAAAGUAGAAAACACAGGCCACGACUUUGGUUCCACAGACCAGUCAAUCUUCGGAGUUUCCAUUCCAAUCAUGUCAGUGAUGGCGGACCAGCAGGCGGCCAUGUUUGGGGAAUGUUGCUUCGAUGUUGGUGAUGUGAAGAUCACCAUGGGAACAGGCACCUUCAUGGACAUCAACACUGGAAGCAAGCCACACACAUCUGUAGCAGGUCUGUAUCCUCUGGUGGGAUGGAAGAUCGGCUCAGAGGUGGUUUACCUUGCAGAGGGCAAUUCUGCAGACACAGGCACUGCCAUCAAAUGGGCACAGAAUCUGGAGCUCUUCUCUGACGUCAUGGAGACCAGUGACAUGGCUUACAGUGUCAGUGACUCUGAUGGCGUGUGCUUCGUACCUUCCUUCAGUGGCCUGCAGGCUCCUCUGAAUGACCCUAAAGCCUGUGCCUCACUCAUGGGCCUCAAACCUACAACCACAAAAAGCCAUCUGGUCCGUGCCAUACUGGAGUCUGUCGCCUUCAGAAACAAGCAGCUUUAUGAGACGAUGCUGAAAGAAACUCGGAUUCCUAUCACAAAGAUCAGGGUGGAUGGUGGCGUUUCCGCCAACGACUUCGUCAUGCAGCUGACUGCAGACCUGUUUGGCAGGAAGGUGGCAAGACGGCAACACCAUGAGAUGUCAUGUUUGGGGGCUGCUUUUGUCGCUGGGUUGGGAGCCGGUUACUGGAGGAGCCAGGGAGAGCUGAAGAAGCUGCAUAGCCCUGACAGGGUGUUCUUGCCUCAAGUGGUUCCCAAGGGAGGGGCUGACAGCCGGAAUCGGGAGUACAUCCCCGUCCUCCAGAGCUGGGAGAGAGGUCUCCGCCGCUCCAUGAAUUGGUACAGCAAACCUUGACAGUGGAGAUCCCGGGAUGGUCCACAUUCAUUCAAAAUGAGUUUGAAUAGAGAUGGUCCAGAACUAACAACCAUUAGCUGCAUCCCUAAACCAGUCCCAGGGUCAAUCUUUGUGAAUCACAAUCCGGUUCCAGAUGCCAAAAACUGACAACAGAGAAGCUGAAACAUCAGACCCACUGAUGUAAUGGUAUAGCACGGCAGGAUUGUGGAAAGAGUCCACGUUACUAUACUUGAUUGUUUCACACUGUAGCAAAAUGUUCAGAUCAAUCCUCUUGUUCUCGAUCUCAGGUCACUGCAGCGUCUCAGUAUUUUAUCCAGAUUGAAUCGUAUUUGUUAUAUUAUUUUUCCACAUGGGGGCGCUAAUGACUGGCUUUACGGCUUUGUAACUGAUGGUCUUGCCAUAGCAACCACAUGCCACAUGUCAAUAAGAGGCCGCAGAUUAAAAUCAUUCAUCUCAGAUUCACACACGAUCCUCGGCGGAGGAAGGAAGACUGCACUUAAUUAUUUUGAAGAUGUGAGUCUUGUUUAGAAACCCCAAUUUGCAUGUUGCCUUUCAGGAAUAAAUAUUGACAUGAAUUCAAGUGACAUGCUCAACAUUGUACUAAGUGUCAGUAGUUGUCAAUCCAUGUUGUGUAGCCAUUAUUUCAGUUGAUUAUUUGUUGAUUUGUUCCAGCCUUGUGUAUUUCUGUGCAGAGGGAUAACCACGUUGAUGUCAUGUGAUAAUGUUUUGACUCGGGUCUUUUACCUGACCUGACGAACUCUGAUGACAGAGCCAUCCCGUCUAUUCAUCUCAUGAGUGCCUGUAAACAAUGUGAACUGUGAAGCUCAGUUUUUUUUCUUUGUUAACCUUUCUUAACACUCUAACGUGGUUCCUCGUACUUUUCCUUGUUAUGCAAAGUGACACUAUGGAAUAACCGCAUCAGAUCAAAGUGACAUUUCAGGUCAUCACAUGCUAGAUCGUUCUAACACUUGAACAUAAACUGCUGGGACAUAACCGAUAAUUAACAUAUGUAUAAUAUUUGUUACCUAAUCACAGAACAUUCCUGGUAUUUUGGAAGGUGUUAAAGGGCUAGUAUUAAAAACAUGAAUAAUCA